GGCGGCGCCGCCCGCCCGCGCGUCCCUUAGUCCACCUGCACCAGGCAGGAAAGCAGGCUUCCCGGGUUCCGCCACCGUAAGGCGUUCGGCAAGCCCGGAGCUUGGGGCUCUUCCUUCCAGGCGGAGGGAUCCACGGCGGCCGACGAGGCGGCGCUGAGCCUACGAGGAAGAGGCAGCUACGGCGGCGGCGGCUGUGGCAGCAGCGCAUAAAGGGGCCGCCGCCGGGUGAUGCGCUGACCGCUGCGGCAGGCCCAUAAGCUGAGUGGGCCUCGGCCCUCAGCUCGUCGGAUCCGCGCUCCGGAGCUCCCCGUCUUCUCCGGUCGACUCGAGACCGCCUGGGCGGUCUCAAGCCCCCUCGCCCCUUCCCCGUCCCUCCCCCGUCCCCGUCCCCGCCCCGGGGGCCGUCGCCACCGUUUCCCACCAUGGCUCUGAAGAGAAUCCACAAGGAAUUGAAUGACCUGGCUCGAGAUCCACCAGCACAGUGUUCAGCAGGCCCUGUUGGAGAUGAUAUGUUUCAUUGGCAGGCUACAAUAAUGGGGCCAAAUGACAGCCCCUAUCAGGGUGGAGUAUUUUUCUUGACAAUUCAUUUCCCAACAGAUUACCCCUUCAAACCGCCUAAGGUUGCAUUUACAACGAGAAUUUAUCAUCCAAAUAUUAACAGUAAUGGCAGCAUUUGUCUUGAUAUUCUACGGUCACAGUGGUCUCCAGCACUAACUAUUUCAAAAGUACUUUUGUCCAUCUGUUCUCUGUUGUGUGAUCCCAAUCCAGAUGAUCCUUUAGUGCCUGAGAUUGCUCGGAUCUACAAAACAGAUAGAGAAAAGUACAACAGAAUAGCUCGAGAAUGGACUCAGAAGUAUGCGAUGUAAUUAAAGAAAUUAUUGGAUAACCUCUACAAAUAAAGCUAGGGGAACUCUGAGAGAGAGAAAGUCCUUUUGAUUUCCAUUUGACUGCUUUCUAUGAGCCCACGCCUCAUCUUCCCCUGUGCACAUGUUUACCUGACACAGCAGUGCUGCGUGUUGUACAUACUUGGAACAACAAACUAGAAAUACUGUACUUCUGUACCAACAUUGCCUCCUAGCAGAGAAGUGUGUGUGUGAGAAGCCAGUUCUUCGGGCGUAACCUAGGUGUGAGACUAAAAGCUUUCCUUAUUGACUUAACUUUGGAUAAUGGCAAGAUGUGAGGGGUAGUAGGUACACAGUGUGUGCUUGAAUGGGAGGAAUAAGCUCCAGUGACCCAUAGGAGAGUGUCCUUAAGUGGAAUCCAUCUAAUCUCAAACAGUCAUAAAAAUCAAAGUGAAGAACGUGAAGCUGUUUCUGUAUUCAUUUCAUCCUGAAGAACCUACAACUUAGGUGAAAGUUAUGACCAAACAGAUAAAACUACAUUCUGUGUUUUAAGGUCUAAGAGCAUUUGAAUGGACUGGAGCUGUUAGUACAUAAAGUGUGAUGGGCUUUGUUCCCCACACUUUCACAUCUCCCGGCCCUUUCAGCCUUCCUCCUUUUAGCUCCUUUCCAUAAUCUUUGGUUUGUAUGUGGUUUCUCAGUUAAUACAUAGCUAAUAGCUCUUAUUUUUCUUAUGUUUUUAACUGCUUUAGGCCUAUUUCGAUGUAAGGGUGAAAAUUUAUUUGAUGGAAAUACUUGUGUAUAUUUAAAGACCCAGUUGCUCCUCUGGAGCUUGUACGUUCAAGAAUGAUUAAUCUGUGUAAUAAACUGAUUACUACAGUCAUUACAUACAAUUUUGUGUGAAUAGGCUUUUUGAUUUAAAAACUUGGUCUAGCUAAGAUUAGUGGUGUAUUUUUUCCUCACCCCUGAAAUGUUUUCCUUUAUAUUCGUUGCAUUUCAAAAUCAUGAAACAAUUCCAGUUUACAUACUAAAAUCGAUAUGAGAGUAAUUUUAUUAAAGAUGGAGGCAUAAGCUUAAAGGCGUUUUCAUGAAACCUAUAUGUGCACCAUUCCAGGAACAUGACUGUUAAACUAAAUAAAUUUGCUUUGUUAAUGAAACUGAGCAGCAUUUCACCAAAACCUUGUGACAGUCUCUUGGUACAUAGGACAUAGACCACAAAGGGGUUGCUGUCUGAUAAGUUAACUGAUUGUAAUUAUAAAGAGUAACUGACCAAACCUGGGAAACAUGAGCACAAUCUUGUAUUGGAGAGUCUACGUUAUUACUUUGCACUAACAUUUGCAGGAUGUCAUAUUGGUUUUCAAUUGUACUGUAUGUGGCUUUUUGAAGUCUUCCCUUGACUCUAGUAAAAUGUAGUUUGAAAUUUGUAAACAGCUGUUAAUCCAGAAACAUUCAUGUGAACUAAGCAAGUUCCCUCCCCUUGUCCAUUUUCCUAACCUAAAUGUAAGCCAGGCCAGCUUGAGGCUAUGGCCGAUGCUCUCUAGUCAUCAGGUUCUUUGAACGCAUCUUUACACUCUUGCACAAAAAUUGAAGAAUAAAUGACCACUGCUUUUGGUUUUAAACUUG